GCCACGGGCGCCUGCUUCAACACCACCAGCCCCUUCGUGAUCGCCAUGCCAACCCCGCCCUACCACGUCUUCACCGGCUCCUGGCCCUCCCCGGAGGCCUGCGGCAUGUCCCUGUCCACCUCGGACACCGGCACCCUCACCGGCGUACUCGACAGCUGGCCUUACAUCAACGCCUCGGGCAUCCACGGCCUCGCCCUCUCCCCACCCCCAAACCUAAACCAAAGCACCACCCCCCAACAACAACUCCUCUACACAGCCGACCUCAACGGCGACCUGAUCUGGACCCACAGCAUCGACCUCGCCACCGGCGCGGCCACCGAAGUCUCGCGCUUCCCCAUGGCCGGCACCCCGGGCACCCACCCCCGACACCUCGCAACCCACCCCAACGGCGCGCGGCUGUACGCGGUGAUGGAGGGCGACAACAGCGUGGCCGAGUACGCUCUGGACUCCCGCACGGGCGCCGUGGCGGCCGAGGUCGUGCGCCACAGCCUGAUACCGAUCGACGCGGACACGGAGCGGUACUGGUCCGCCGAGGUGAUGCUGUCGGCGAGCGGGCGGUAUCUGUGGGCGACGGCGAGGGCGCGGGAGGAGGAGGAUACGGGGUUUGUGUCGGUCUUUUUGGUGGGGGAGGAUGGGGGGAUUGUGGGGAGGAUGUUUCGCGUGCCGACGACUACGCGGGGCGGGAAGGCGAAUGCGGUGAGUCCUGCGUUUUGGGGGGAUGAGUUUGCGGCGAUGACGGAUUAUGGGGAGGGGUAUGUGCAGAUGUGGAAGAUGGAAGGGAAGAGGGAGAGGGAGGAUGGGUUGGUCGAGUAUGAGACUGCGAGGGCGGUGGCGAGGGUGGAUUUGAAGGAUGGGGGGUGCUGCGCGAAUGCGAUCUGGUAUAGUUAG